AUGAAGCAACGCAUCACAUAUCUCCUCCCGGAAGGCCAUCGCGUAAAUGCUUCGGACAUUCUAGUUCAAGACGACUCCCUGAGCUUCGCGGAUGCAAGUAAGGCGGCAGAGGAAUGGCGCUUGACAUUGGGUUUGGAUGAAUUGCCAGAAGAAAUACAAGUCAUUUUGGCCGAUUGCCAUGAACUUCACUUGCGAUGGACUUCCCCUGAAAAUCGCAGUCUCCGGUCGCCUCUGGUAGCGGGAGUACCGUCCGGCCUGCAUGCGUUCUAUACACCUCGAGCAGCCGAUCAACAUGCUCGGGUGUGUGAUCUCAUCAAUCAGCUGCUGGAUGGACCACCUUCGAGGUGUCAUUCCGUAACCGAAUCCUGGACUAGGCCGUCUGUGCUAUCGGAACGCUUCGCUGCUUCGUCGAGCUAUCAGUACUACCACUAUUGGCCUCUGCGAAGACAGCUUGGUGAAGUCUUCCUGACCAAGGCUUGUGCAGGCGAAGGACCCGGCCUAGCUGAAUGUGAUCGAGUUCUGGACGAGCUAGGCCAAGCAGAUUACAUUGAUGUCGAUUUCGAUGUCAUCAGCCAUGCAGUCACACUCACAGCACUAUGGUCUUCUCUCGACGCAUCUAAGUCCCCUUUACUUGCCCAACGAGUCUCCCGGCCUAUCCGAAAGACACGGACGAAUGACAGAGUGGAAGUGGGCGUGCUACAUCCAGAAGAAGCCACAGAACCAGAGAAGCUUUCGUUAGGCGGCUUCCUCACCGUGAUCGGAGACAACAAUCAUCCUGGCAUGACACUGUUCUCCUUUCCAGCACGUCAUCACCCUCUACCGCCAUCUGAACAAGUCACUUUCAAGGCAACUUUCGAACAGCCGAUAGGCUUACAUCCUGACCUGAAGAUCAAUAUUCCCCAACAAAACUUGAUUCCUCCCAAAGAACAAUGCGGACUACACGCCUACUGGACCCUCCCCUCCGGUCUGUUCAUCGACCGCUACCAACUCUCCGACCCACUAUUCCUCGCAUCGAACAACCUGCUGAAACUCCACAGUCUAAGCGGAGAACAAGACCUCGAAGCUCCAGACUGGGUGAUCAAGCGCUGGGGCUCCGCAGCACUCCUUGAACUCGCUGCUCCGCCGGCAAUGCAGUCAGAUGCUGCAGUCGACGAUGCAUCAGAGUGGACAGUCACCAUACCCACUCACCUCCGCUACCUUGCCGCGGACUCGAAUGGCACAGACAGCACCAGCCAUACAGCGUUGAAAGUCCCAUGGCCGAUCCUGUUCUGGGCAUGCGAAGCUGAAGAAGGGCUGAAGAUGGCUACGAAUCCUUUUGACAGGGUGAAUUUAGGGUAUGAUGGGUUGUUCGGGCCGAAGACGAUGUUCUACCACAUCUCGCCUGCGGGCGGUGUGGAGAGGACUGUAGAGGAGAUUAAGGUGCCGGUGCUGGAUGUCGAAAAGGCUGAGUGGGUGCCGAUGGGAACUUUGUUGGCUGUUGCGGUUGGGUUCUCUUGGGUGUGCUGGAAGUUAAUACGGGGCGCGGACGGGAGGGUGAAGGAGAAGGAUGGGAAGAAGGCUCAGUGA